AUGACUGGAGCUCGGAAAGCCACAUGGCUGACUAUUCGUCCCGCCCCAAUAGUCGAUACCUUCUCUCGGCAGUGGAAGUUUUCUCUGAUUGUCUCUUGCAUCAUCCGGGGUAUCCUUCGGCGUCUGUGGCUCAAGGCUGGACUUCUCAUCGACGUCUGUGAAACUAGACCUACAACUCCCCUCGUUUACUCCGUACUUGUCAAUACUUUGGACGUGUCACUCCUCGUAAACAGUCUUCACAACCCCCAUAAGGAUCCAAAUGUCUAUACUUGUCAUUCUGCACUCAUCGAGCUUACAGUAGUCUACUUUGCGAAGCAAAGAGCCACUUUUAGACAUUCGCGUCCGUCCCGCAAUGAACUGGGACUAUAUGCGAAACUCCCCGAACUGAUUGAUGCCUAUCUACGGAGUAGUCUACUUAUGGAGUAUCGGCAACUCUCCGAGCUGAUCGGAUCUCCCCUAGCUGCUCAGCUAGCUUGCCUCACUUGGUACAUGUGGAACAUGAAUGCUGUGUUGGGUACAUGGUGA